AGGAAGUGCAGUCAUUCUCUUUGGUUCCUUGGUCCUUGACACACACAUUGUGCAUUGGUUCCCUAUAACAUACGGAGACACAGACCCAGAAAUGGCUUCUCAUCUCUCCCUCUCCAUCCUCCUACUCAUCUUCAGACUCUCAGUUGCUUAUCGUGUGUCUGUGAAGACAGGAAGCUCCACCACCAUCCCAUGUCACUAUGUUCAGACAUACAAAACCCAUGUGAAAUACUUGUGUAAAGGAAAUCAUUUGUAUGGUUGCUCCCCUGUUGUACACGCUGACUUUCCUAAGAGCACAGAUAAUUCCUCAAUCUGUGACAUCAACCAGCAAAAUAUCACUCUGACCAUGACUGAUCUGGAGCCAGAGGACUCUGGACGUUACUAUUGUGCUGUUGAGGUCAAUGGUGGACAAGAUGUCUGGACAGAAUGGUUCCACCUAUCUGUCACUCCAGGUACUCCAGAACUCUAUGUGGACCAACAGGAGGUGACUGGAGUUGAAGGAGGGAGUGUCAUUGUAAAUUGUUACUAUAUUGGCACUGGAAAUAGCAAGUGGUGGUGCAGAAUUGUUGGCAUUCGCUCCUGUGUGUGGGGGAAUUAUGGGACUAUAGAUGGAACAUCAGUGAACAUACAGCAGAGCACUGAUACCACCAGAGGAAACGUCUUAAAGGUGACUAUGAGUGGUCUGAAGAUGGAGAACACUGGCUGGUACAGGUGUGGAGUGGGAGACCUUAUGAUGCCUGUUCACAUCACUGUCAGACAACUAACCACCACACAAAGUACCACCACUAUGACCACAACCCAAGUUCCAACCACUGAACAAUCCUCUUUCUCUCCAACUGCUGAGCCUGUUCAGACUGACAACACAGUCCAAGGACCUGAGGGGGGAAAGGAGAAGGACCCCAUGAGCUACACUCACCUUCUGACAGAAUCACACACCUCCCAUAUGGAGUCAGCAGGAGCAGACAACCCCGGAUUAGGGGUCGAGGAACGCAUCCAGCAGCAGGCGGCCAUGUUACAACAUCUCGACAUCGCCAUGGAUCGCAUCCUGCAGAAUCUGGACCGCUGGGAGAGAAGAAGAGUUCCUUCAGUGCUUAUCGUGUGUCUGUGA